CCCACUCGCCUGGGAUGUGGUUGCCACAGGCCACCCCGCUUCCUUGGAGCCACAGCUUGCUCCUCAGCAUUUGUCAGGCAGUCAGCAAGUGGGAUUCCAGUGCUGGGGUUACCAAAAUUCCUUCAGCAUCUCCGUGAAAUGACUCGAGGCCAAGUUAAGCUUGCCCCGCUGCCCCGCCGGCGAGCCUCAUUGUGCUGCUACUUUUGCAGGUACCAUGGCUCGUGUCUUCGUCUACGGCACCCUGAAGAAAGGCCAGCCCAACUACAAGCACAUGAUCAGUCCAAGCAAGGGGCUAGCGAAAUUCCAAGGAAGGGGCCGCACAGCCGAGAAGUACCCAGUGGUGAUCACGGGAAAAUACAACAUUCCUUACAUGCUGAACCUGCCGGGGAAAGGAUACCAGAUCGAUGGGGACAUUUACACGGUUGACGACCAGAUGCUGCAGUUCCUGGAUGAGUUUGAAGGCUACCCAGAGAUGUACCAGCGUACUCUCAUGAGAAUCGAGGUGGUGGAGUGGGAAGGGAAGGGCGGCGCGGGCCAGGACGUCGUGGAGUGCUUCGUGUACUACAAGGAAACGUACCCACCCGAGUGGGUCAGCCUCCCCUACCAUCAGGGUUACGACUCCCAGGGCAAACACGGCCUCCGCUACGUCCUGCCCGAGCACCGGGAUUAGAAACGGGAGGUAACGUGGCCCGGCCGGAGGCAUAGCACUAAGCCCCCGUCUGGGAAAGCCAUAACACCUUCUUGUUAAAACACAGGAUCUCUUGUAACCUCCCCAACCCAGGAGCUUUGGCACUAGUGUUGAAGUCUUGUGUAGGCCCAGAGAUGGCUGCUCCUCCCCGGCUAGUCAGCAUCCUCCUCGCCCCCGCUAACCUGCCACGAGUAACUGGGUUCACACGAGGCAGAUAACAACCAUCUCUGCACAUUUUGAGGGUUCAUUAUUUUCUCUGUCCCCCCCGUUUGCCUCGGUGCAUGACUGAGGUCAGGGAAAGGCAGAGGAAGAGGCUAAUUUUUUUACUUCUUUUUUUUUUUAUCUGAUCAACAAAAUUUUCAAUCAACAAAUCGAAAAUUGACAAAUUUUCUUGUGUAGUUGCCCAAGGCAGGUGCAAUAACAAUGAUACUAUUGCACUAACAGCUGAAACUGAUGUGAUUUCUUUUAAAUAUGUCUGCAAACAAAGUAAAGCACAACUGGCAUUUAAUAUUGACUUGUAAUGGCAUUUAGUAGGUUACUGAAUGUAAAGAGGGAGAGCUGACCACGUAAGGUACCGUGCGCUUCGGGACAAAUAUGAAAUUGCUGGAGAAACAGAGAAAAUGUGAAGAGUGUUCUUACUCUGUAUUGCAAUGGUUUCCUGAACUCGAAAGGAGUAUUUUAAAAACAUGUUUAGUUUGAUAAAGUACUGUGAAGAAACAUUGGAAGAGUGUAAGAGAAUUACAUUUAGAGUCAUAUUUUUCAUUUAGCCUUCUAAAGAACACCUUAGGUACCGCACUUCAGCUCACCCAGCGACUGUGGGAUUGGGAGGGGAGGGUGGGGGGAUGCUGUUGGUGACCAGGAGAAGCAAACUCAAUUGCAGCUGCCCACCACGCUCCAGCGAAUGCAGCUGUUCUGAGCACUGACUGUCAAGGUGACUUUUUUUUUUGCCAAGCACUUUAUAAUGCAGAACUUGCAACCGUAAGCAAACUGCGUCUUCUGUUGGGGGAAAGAUUUUAUAUGUAUUAUACAAGUAUCUGAAAGACGUGUAUUAUGAUUAUUGCAACAUUUAAACUAGGGAGGGGAAAAACAACAACAAACCACCAACCAAAAAAAUCCCCAGAUGGAAAGAAGACUAUUGUCCCCCUGACCCAACCAACUGUGCUGGUUUCUGUACAAUCUGGGAAAAUCGCGGCUUUCUGUUGUUAUGCUCCUGUGCCUUAUAUUUUCCUUCAGCUGCAGUGUUUGGUACGUAUAGAUUGUACAAUAUAUAAAGCUGCCAGAGGGAUGUGAGCUGGGAAUGUGUGCCAUGCGGUGAGCCAAAGUACGAGUAUACAUGUACUAAGGAUACCAUUAAGAACAAUACUGUACUUUUGCUUGAUUGCCAGUAGCCCUGUGAUGGCUGGAGGAGAUCUGGGGUAGAGAAUCAGCCCAGGGUGAGGAAUCAGACUAAUCUUUAUCAGUAGUAGGCACUGCUGCAUCUCAUAUCAAAAAAAACCCAAACAGGCAGAAAGCUCAUGUUGCUGCAGUAAGGAAAUUAAGGAAUCCUAAAGUAGAAUACUUGUUUUUUGCUUAGGGCAACCUGCAGAAUGGGCAAAAGGGCAUUAAGGAGACUUGCAGGAAGAUCUGCAGGGUGUCUGCCUCAGUUUCUCCAAAUGCAAAAGCAUUAAUUUUUCUGGAGGGCAAGUAUUGCCCAGACACUCUCCUUACUCAUCUAGAUGGGUUUUGUAAACUAAUUAACAAAGCAGUGCUUGUACUAUAUUAUUCUGUCUUGGCCGUGUGAUUUAUUUGGCAGCUUCUCAGUAACAUGAAAAAUGCCUCUUCAGGCAGGAGUUUCAAGCAGAAUCUUUAGUCUUUCUCAUUGAACAUGAGUCACCAGCCCUGUCACAGACUGUUUUCAUCCUCUAUCUUCCAGGAAAGGGCUCUGGCCAGAGGGUUUUUUUCUGGGCAGUGGCAUGACUCUGCACAUCCUGGGCAAGAAAACAAGAGCAGGCCCCCUCCUCCCUGGGGCAGUAGUCAAGGCACAGCAGGAAUGGUGACUUAGAGGUAUGUUAAAAACAAGCAGCUACGGGAGGUGAGAGCAAAGUAGGGAGUAGCCCAGCAUUCUGGCCCACUGUGGGCAGCAGCAGAGGCUCUGGGGAGAGCACAGGGACAGUCAGACGCUUAUAGCGUGCAGGGACAGCGGAGGGAGCGCUGUGCGUUAGCGAGCUGCAGCUGCCCACUGACUGAGCUACGACACUUAAUGCAAGAAAGAGCCUCUGUUAACCGUAUACUGACAUUUUAAACCCAGUAAACUUCUGGUAUCUACACCAUCCUGUAGCAUGGAGAGGAAAAAAAAAUAUAUCUUCAUACCUGUUCUGACCAAGUCACCGGCCCUCUCACUUUGGUUGAGUCUCUCUUCAGCAUUCCUCUUCUCCAGGCCCUCUCUGGUAUCCCAUACUGGCUUUCCAGCAGGAUACAGUCCUGUUUUACCAACAGCUCUAGUUCUUCACACAGUCUUUACUAAGAGUCUCUGCAUAACAAGAGAUCAUACACUUGGUCUCCCUUUCCAGAAAGGGUUCAUGAGGAGGUUGGGCCUGAGGGACAGCAAGUGCCUCCAGCUAUAGCUUGGGGUGGCCUAAAGGCGUCACAGGACAGUGCCAGCACCUUCUGUAAAGAUCUGCAUCCAGCAGUCAAUAGAAGAUAAAGGAAGGGGGACAGAAUUUGAAUAUGGAAUCUGAAUGAAAAAAGAAAGCCCCUUACAACGGUAAAUGAAAACACAUGGGCAAAGUCUGCACUAGCAAAUUAUCUAACCGGUAAUUUCAAUCCAGUCUACACAGAGACUUCAAGAUAUCACAGUCAAUCUGAUCAGAAUUUAAGCCAUCAGUAGUACUUGUUCAGUGCUUACCCAGAGUGUAGGAAAACUGCUCAGUUCUCUCAGUGGUUAAUUUUUCACAUACUUACCACCCAUUCUGUACAGUUUGGCUGGGGCCUCAAACCAGUGAUACUGCCAUGAAUUGGAUUUGGGCUGCUGUUGUGUUUUCUUUUUGUAAAAAAAAGAGCCUUUUCCUGUUUUAAAGCAGAAAUGGUAUUUUAUUGAUAUUAUUUGAUCCUGAAAAAAAAAAAUCAAAGAAUUACAAAGGUUAUGUACAAGUAUUUCUGGAAGUAAAAACCUGGGAUCUGUUGCCAAGCUUUAACAUCUGUGUUUGCUGUUUUAACCGCUGAUGCAGUAAAUACAACAGUAUAAAAUCUUGUGCAUAGGACUGUCCAUUUUCUGUGUUCAAUUGCCUUAAUCUUACUUUACGGAUGAAAAGAAUAAAGGCUUAGCUAAUUCAACGGUG